GGCACGAGAGAUAACACAUAAAUAUUAUGAAGUAUCAAAUAAAUUAUCUUUUUCCUUAUUUGAAUGAUUUUAUACGAUUUUGGUAAGUUUUUCUCGACAAUGUCAAGAAGACCGUCUAAAUGUUGACAUUGUUAACUCUACGAUUUCUUAAGUUUCAUUGUUGUUUGAUACGGAGUAAUAUUUUUGUGGCUAUCUCUCAUGCCACAUGUGCACCGUGCACAUUGUAGCAUUGAAUAUGCUCUGAUGAGCUAAAAAAGAGAAGAAGUGUGUUAUGUCUAGUGUAUUAUUUAGAGUUUGUGUAUGAAUGUGUUCAAGAGUUUACAAGUUAUUUAUAGAAAAAUGUAGGUUGGGUUGCUGAUAUGGGUCCAUAGACCCGAUUAGGCCACUACACAAAAGGGUUAAUCUCUGUCUUGCUUUAAAACAAGGCACGGUGCUUGACUUUUGUGAAUCUUCGAAUCAAAAUUGAACGAUCUCAGUCUUGCAGAUCUUGAGAUUCACAUCUCAAAGUGUCAUUUUUUCAUCAAAUGAUCCCUCUGACGAACAGUAGAAGAUCUCGAUCCGGAUUAAUCUAAUAGAUCAAAUGAAUAAAUUAACCUCUACAUUAUUGUUUCUACUUUAAAAAUGAGUUUUUAAAUGGCAGGAAAAGAGAGCAAAUGAGAAACCUCAAAUCUUCAAAAGUAGUGCUGAAGAUUUUGACGAAAAAGAUGAGCAAAGUAAGUGGUGCAGGGCUAGUUUGGGGAAGAUGAACCAGGAAAUGGUUGAUGAAAUUGCUGAAUUCGAGUCCAAUAAUGGCACCAUUGAUCAAAGACUCUUCUUGUUCAAAUCGCCUUGCCUUCUCACCUUCAUAGUUUACAACAAAUGUACUGUUGAUGAAAAAGAAGAAGAAAAGAAAUUCAUUUCAAAGGCUGCUGCUUUAUCAAUAAGUGAAGAUCAAAAGGAGAUCAAAUGUGGAGAAAAUGGGAAGAGGAAACAAAAUGGGCCGCCACCGCCGCCGUAUUUGAGGGCGGCCGGAGUUUCUAUGCCGCCCGAAAGGCCCAAUGAAGAGAGCCUACUGGAUAGCAUCGCCCGGUCCAUUUCAUUCCCGGACCAUGUCCAUCCUAAGCUUCCCGAUUACGAUGAAAUAUCAGCCAAAUUCAUGGCUCUCAAGAGAGAGAAAAUCCAAAAUAUAUAAAUUCGUGCUUGUAAUUAUUAGAUCAUUUUCAUUUUUGUGUCUGCAAUUUUAUUUUUUUUGGCUCUCAGACUAUUAUUCUUAACCAUUUUUUUAUUUGUUUGUUAAUUGAUUUUUAUGUCCAAUCAUCAUUUUGAUAUUGCGGGUUAUUAUACAAGUUCAGGAAUUUGUAGUUUAUCCGUAAACCUAUUGUAAUUUGGAUUGUAUAUUUGUAUGUGAUAUAGGAUCAAUUAAUCUCAACAUGCAUGAUGUAUGAGCUCGUGGGGGCCAAGUGGCCAACCCAUCCCGAUUGCCA